CUUCUGUCAAUAACAUAAUGGCAUUGACAGCUGAAGUGAAACGUCAACCAGCUGAAUUUGUUUGAGGUUAUGACCGUGCAUCCUUACUUUAAAAAUUGAGUUUUAAAUAAAUAAAAGUCUUUAAAGUACUUAAACAGUCCUUAGGACUGAUAUAAUAAUCCAAUAAUCAUUACUUCCAAAAGAAAGAUGGACAUUCCUUUUUCUUUUUUGACUGGACUCGGAUGUGGUUUAUGUAUCGGCAUUUCUUUAUUUGCCCUGAAAAAAUACUUCGGUUCGGCCACUGAAACUGCAAAAGCUGUUAAAAUGUUUGCAUCAAAUUCAGAAUACAAGGUAGUUUUAGUAGUGAGAACAGAUCUUAACAUGUCGAAAGGCAAAAUAGCAGCUCAAUGUGGUCAUGCAGCAGUUGGAGUCUUUGAGAAGGCACAGAGGAAGGAUCCAGCGGGACUUAGAUGUUGGCAGCGCACGGGUCAAGCGAAAAUAGCACUAAAAACCGAUUCGUUAGAUGAAGUUAUGCAAAUAGCGGAGAAUGCAAAGAAGAUGGGACUGAUUACUUCAAUGAUUAGAGACGCGGGAAGGACACAAAUAGCAGCCAACUCCGUCACUGUGUUGGGAGUGGGGCCAGCACCAAAAGACAUUGUUGAUAAAGUCACAGGCCAUUUGAAAUUACUGUAAAUAAUACAGCUAUGGUUUUACAAAA